UCCUAUCGUGAUUCUCAGUUCGACAAGGUCAUCCACGCCGACGUUGUCAGUUUAGCUACACUCCGCCCGUUGACCUGGAAUGGUAUUCCACCGCCACACCGGGCCCUGGCCUGGAAGCUCCUGCUGGGUUACGUCCCCACCAAUGCAUCCAGACGCAGCCACACCCUCACACGCAAACGCGCCGAAUACCGCGAAGCCAUAAUUCAGCACUACGACAUUGCCGACCAGAAUACCCGCACUCUGCAGGAACAAGAGUGCUUGCGACAAGUACUGGUGGACGCACCCCGAACCGCUCCGGAUAUUCCGCUCUUUCGCAACGACAGAAUUCGUCGUCUUCUAUCCCGACUACUCUACGUGUGGGCGAUGCGGCAUCCCGCCAGUAGCUACGUACAGGGAAUUAACGACCUGGCCACGCCCCUGAUUGUCGUCUUUUUGGCCGAUUACUACCCGUUGCACACGGUGUUACAAGGCCACGUCAUGAACCACGUCUCGGACGAACGCUUGGAUGAUGUCGAAGCGGACGUGUACGGCUGCCUCACCAACCUGCUCGCCGGCAUUCAGGAUCACUACACGGCGGACCAACCCGGCGUACAACGCAUGGUCAUGCGCGUGGAAGAACUCGUCCGACGAAUCGACGUCGAUUUAUGCAAGCACCUCGCCGCCGAAGGCGUACAAUUUCUACAGUUUGCCUUCAAGUGGAUGAACUGCCUGUUGCUCCGCGAAUUCUCCCUCCCGUGCGUGGUUCGCCUGUGGGACACCUACCUGUCCGAAUCCAACGGUUUUGAAGAUUUUCACGUUUACGUGUGCGCCGCUCUGGUCUGCCAAUUUUCUGCAUCACUUCAAACCAUGAACUUUGAAACGCUCUUUGCCUUUUUACAAGAGCUGCCCACUGCCACAUGGACCGAUAAGGAAAUUGAAAUGCUUCUCUCGCAGGCCUUUGUGCUAGGGACACUUUUUGGGGGAAGCGACGCACAUCUCGUCCAACAUGGUUAG